AUGUUUCUACCAUCUUGUCCCCUCCUGUCUCUGAGACUUUGUUCCCUCAGGUUUCCCGCCCUUUUCCCCUCAGGUUUCCCGCCCUUUUCCCCUCAGGUUUCCCGCUCUUUUCCCCUCAGGUUUCCCGCCCUUUUCCCCUCAGGUUUCCCGCUCUUUUCCCCUCAGGUUUCCCGCUCUUUUCCCCUCAGGUUUCCCGCCCUUUUCCCCUCAGGUUUCCCGCUCUUUUCCCCUCAGGUUUCCCGCCCUUUUCCCCUCAUGUUUUUUGCCAUCUUUUCCCCUCAGGUUUCCCACUCUUCCCCUGAUGCUUCCUGCUCUUUUCCCUCAUGUUUUUUGCCAUCUUUUCCCCUCAGGUUUCCCACUGUUCCCCUGAUGCUUCCUGCUCUUUUCCCUCAUGUUUUUGCCAUGUUUUCCCCUCAUGUUUCCUUCUCUUUUUCCCUCAUGUUUUUGCCAUCUUUUCCCCCUCAUGUUUUCGUUAUCUUUUCCCCUCAUGUUUCCUGCUCUUUCCCCUCAUGUUUUUGCCAUCUUUUCCCCUCAUGUUCCCACUCUUCCCCUCAUGUUUUUGCCACCUUUUACCCUGAUGUUUCCUUCUCUUUUCCCCUCAUGUUUUUGCCAUCUUUUCCCCUCAUGUUUCCUGCUCUUUUCCUCCAUGAUUUUGGCACCUUUUACCCUGAUGUUUCCUUCUCUUUUUCCCUCAUGUUUUUGCCAUCUUUUCCCCUCAUGUUCCCACUUUUCCCCUCAUGUUUCCUGCCCUUUUCCCCUACUGUUUUUGCCAUAUUUUCCCCUCAUGUUUCCUGCCCUUUUCCCCUACUGUUUUUGCCAUAUUUUCCCCUCAUGUUUCCUGCCCUUUUCCCCUACUGUUUUUGCCAUCUUUUCCCCUCAUGUUUCCUGCCCUUUUCCCCUCAUGUUUUUGCCAUCUUUCCCCUCAUGUUUCCUGCCCUUUUCCCCUCAUGUCUUUGCCAUCUUUCCCCCUCAUGUUUUUGCCAUCUUGUCCCCUCACGUUUCCCACCGUUCUCCCCUCACAUUUGGGGGAUCCCAGGAUGCAGCAGAUGGGUUGCAGCAGACGGACAGACAGACAUGACCCCCCAGGGAAAUCAUCAUAAAAAUGGAAUGAAAGCAGGAAUAAAGUGUCCAGAUGCAACAGAACAAAAUGCAAAUAUCAACAACUAG